AUGGCGUCCACCACCCUCACGAUUGUCACCCUGGCCCUCAUCCUCUUCGUCCCUCCCACCAUGGCGCUGCCCCUCCCGGAGUCCAACGACUACAGCUACAGCUCUAUCCGUGUCCGCUCCUACACUUUCGAGUACACCAACCCUUACCCCGUCGCCGGAUGGAUCAUUGCCGUCGUGGCCAUUCUUGCCGUCUGCACGGUGGCACUCAUUGGGGCACUUGUCUGGCGCUGCAAGCGCCGCCGCCGUCUCGCCAAGCAGGCCAGGAAGCAACGCGAACGCGCUCUUCACCAGUACGUGCCCACCAUCCAGUCCGGGCCGACACGCGCUCUUGGCCGUGGCCCCCACGUCGCCUUCCCCCAGCACCCACCCAAGGCUUUUGAAGACGACGACGAUGACGACGAGGACACGACCAACCCGUUCCACUAG